GCCAAACCGUCAUACGUGUCGGUGAAAAUGUCGCGAUGUCAGUGUCAAUUUCCAGCUUUCCACAAUCAAUAAUCUUUCUCGGCUCACUAUUUCUGAAACUACGGUAAUUUUACUACAGAAAUGUUAAAGUGAUGAUUCUAUUUACAUGCUCCGUUUUAAAUCUCGUAAAAUCGUAGCGGGUGUUAGUGGAAAAAUCGGCUUCAUUCACACAGUUAUACUAGGUGACCCGCGAUUCUCUUCAAAUCGAUUAAUGUAAGCCGGCCCUUUGGGGGCACUCUUCGCGUUCGUUUGUAGUAAUUUGCAGCACUUUCCGCAAUAUUACUUGUUACCGGUAACUCGUUUAGUGUAGUCUCGUUCGGGCAAAAAUGGCGGAAGCUACAGGUGUGUCUAGUACGAACCCAAACGCCGUCAUCGUUAGGGGCCAAAUCUUUGAGGUGGGACCCCGUUACACCAACCUGUCCUAUAUCGGGGAAGGUGCCUAUGGAAUGGUCGUAUCGGCGAAUGAUGUCCUCACAAAUACCAAAGUUGCCAUAAAGAAGAUUUCCCCGUUUGAGCAUCAGACCUAUUGUCAGAGAACUCUGCGGGAAAUAAAAAUCCUCACCAGGUUUAAGCAUGAAAAUAUAAUUGAUAUCCGAGAUAUACUUCGGGCUGUAAAUAUAGAUCAGAUGCGAGACGUGUACAUCGUACAAUGUCUCAUGGAAACCGAUCUCUACAAACUACUCAAAACUCAGAGACUGAGUAACGACCACAUAUGUUACUUUCUAUAUCAGAUCCUUCGUGGAUUAAAAUAUAUUCACUCCGCCAAUGUGCUACAUAGAGACUUGAAGCCCAGCAAUUUACUACUAAACACCACAUGCGACCUCAAAAUCUGCGACUUUGGGUUAGCUAGAGUUGCUGAUCCAGAGCACGACCACACAGGAUUUCUUACCGAAUAUGUGGCGACUCGAUGGUACCGAGCUCCCGAAAUAAUGCUCAAUUCAAAGGGUUACACAAAGUCAAUUGACAUAUGGUCAGUCGGUUGUAUUCUAGCGGAAAUGUUGGCAAACAGGCCGAUAUUCCCGGGAAAACACUACUUAGAUCAGUUGAACCAUAUAUUGGGAGUAUUGGGUUCACCAUCUCAAGAAGAUUUAAACUGCAUUAUCAAUGAAAAGGCCAGAAGUUACUUACAGUCUUUACCGUACAAACCAAAAGUUCCUUGGGCCAAACUGUAUCCGCAUGCCGAUCCCAGAGCUCUGGAUCUGUUGGAUAAGAUGCUGACUUUCAAUCCCCAUCGUCGAAUUGGGGUUGAAGGCGCAUUGGCGCAUCCUUAUUUAGAACAGUAUUACGAACCGUCUGAUGAGCCGGUUGCAGAGCAACCGUUCAGGUUUGAUACAGAGCUUGACGAUCUUCCGAAAGACCAACUGAAGAAAUUGAUUUUCGAAGAGACGCUCUUGUUUAAACACAGGCAACAGCACGACGAUCAGAAACGGCAGGAUCAAGCAAUGAAUACGUCAUAGUCAUUUGAAAUGAGCAUUUAAGACUUAAAACAAACACCUGCAAACGAAGGUCUAUAAUAUUGUAUAAGCUUCAGUGCAAUAAAACAGGUAAACUGAUUUUUCCCCCCUAUGCAGUAUUGUAGACUUUCAAGUAAAUCCAUAUGUUUUAUUUAUUAUUACUGGCUCUAAUCAGGGCCAAAGUCAGUCUUUUCGGUGAAGGUUUUUUGUCAUUAGCACGUUUUUUUGUUGAUAUUCCAUCUGUUUAUUGCCGAACAUGUUUACGUGCUGGAUAUUUGAAUGGUUUUAAGAAUUCCAUAAUGUUAGCAGAUAAAAGAUUUAUACAACUUGUUUACUUGCUGAAAGGCUUGCAAAGGUACCAUUAACAAGGCUCAACUAGUGAAAACUAGAAUGUUCCAAUUGUAGGUGCAUGAAAGUCAAUCUCAAGACAAAUUGCAAUUUUCUUUCAACUACUGUACUUUGCCGCAAUGUUUUUUUUUAUUUCGGCUUCAAAACGUUGAAACUAGGCGCAAAAUUGGUUUUCCAUCACUCUGUAUAUUCAUGUAAGGAAAACUUAACGCCCACUUUUAAUUUUGGUCAUCGAUUGAUUUGAGUGCACCUUUUUUGUCGUUUGCACAAAUUAUUCGAUCUUAAAAAGCAGCUACUCUGCUUGUAUGGGAUAGUGAAAAAGUGGCUCAUUUUAUUCAAGAAAAACACAAACAAUUUAUUCCAUCAUUAUCCUUCAUCAUAGUCUCCAGAACAGUUUUAAUCUAAUCUAAAGCUUUAUAUCCCAUAUGCACAUGAGUUUCUAAGCUAAAUUGUACAGGCGCAUUAUAGUAAUUCCGUUAAAUCGCUAGGUCUUUAUUGAAAGCAAUGAGAGAAAACAAUCUAUUUUUGAAACGUAGGUUUUGUAAAUCGUAAUAUAUGGUUGUGUCCGAAAUACGCACAGGCUUUCUGUGUUUUAGAUAACGUUUCGUUUCGGUUUUGCUAGUAAAGCGAAGAUGUGUUUUAGUCGCAAACUUUAUCAUGUACAGUUGCUUUUGGUCUUUUAGUUCGUGUUAUGAUUUACUUUGCUCAGAUUGUGCGGAAAUCAGUUUUAAGCGCAAUCAUAUCAAUUUUAUUUGUAUUAUAUACAUGUUUAUUUGCAGGUUUGGUAAACGAUCGUUCACUGGUAAUGAUUAUAUGUAUAAUGAUGCGCCGUGAACAUUCGCAUGCCGCACCUGUGUGUUUGUAACUGUUUGCUUUUUAAACAGUAAAUUCAGAUUUAUAUCAAUACAGGGAAGUAGAAGUAGGACUUUUUAAAAUACCCAUUUGAAUGUGAAUUAAUUACAUGUUUCUCUUCUUAAUUCCUAUACCUCGGUCUUAACUGGGAGUUUCCUCAUAGGAAAUAUCGCAACUGUAUCUACCUUGAUCACAAACCUAUUUAAGAAUAUCGUCCCUUUUCAAAAUAUGUAGAUAGGUACCAUAUGAAAAUGUUUUUGAGCUGCAUGUUCCGGUUAUUAACUAAUCACUAAAAAUUUCUCGUUUUAUUAAAAACCAUCAAUAUUUCUUUUUAACUUAUUUCUGUUCUCUAAUUGAAAUUAAACAACUGUCUGGAGAUUUUAUCCAAGUAUCGGUUUAGUUUUUAGAGCAGCUAAGGUCGAUUGGUUAAUAACUGCUCAUCAGCUUCGCCCUUAUGUAUGCAUGGCAAAUGUUAUUUACUAUUAUUGUGAGCAUGAUAACACAAUAAGCGACAACUUCGCCUUUUCACUUAAUAUUCGCAGUCUGCGAAUACUCAUUAUAUUAGAUGUUUUUAUAUCGAUAAUUCCUCGACUUUAAUAUCGGUGUUUUUUCUUCCUAAUAUGAACGCUGUUACUCAAGCUAAAUGAUGAAAGUGAUGGGCAAAUUUGCAAACAUUCUAAAUCGGGUUUGUAAGUUUUCAUUGACUAGAAAUGAAGGGCGGGUUUUAUGUGGAAUUCGCUCAUCACUACACUUUUCCAGCCAGACUAAGAGAAACAUGUUUCAGGCUCAUCGACUACUUAGUAGUUUAAAGAUUUUGAUUUUCAUUCCUUAGUUUGAUGCCUUUUUGGACAGAAGCAUUUCUUAACAGUUUUUUAUAUAUACUUAAAAUAUGUAAUCACUAUUAGCGGGUUGAUUAAUGAUGAAACACAGCGUUGUGAUUAAACAGUUAACACAUAUUUUUCUAAAACAAACGGUCAGUGAAAUCCAACUCGGCUGUUUGAUGAGCAGGUUGAGAACAGAAAGUCAAUUGAACAUUUUCCAUGUGUCUCUUGGUACCAAUAUCAGAAUAGCUAUUAAUAAAAGGCCUAAAUGUUGUUACAUAUAUACUGUUACGUAAUAUUGCAUUAUGGUAGUUCUCAGAUUGUAAUUCUUAUUACGUGUAUCUAUUAAAACAAAAUAAAUCUGCCUAUAUAAUGAA